AUGCCAGCCUACAACUCCCAACAAAAGCACCAGAUUGCUGAAUUUGUCAGUUGUACAGAGGCUAAAGACUCUGUUGCAGCCAAGUUCCUGAAAGCAAGUGGCUGGAAUUUGCCAUCUGCGCUUGAUUCAUACUUUUCUACUGGCUCAGUAGCCAGCUCACUAGGCAACAACAACUCCCUCAACAAGAUCUUCGACAGCUACCGAGAUGACCCAUCCGAAAGUCCCGAUACUAUCGGCAUCGAGCGGGCAAUUGAAUACCUAGGCGCACUGAACGUCCAACUAGACGAAGUAAACUGCCUCGCCAUCGCCGAACUACUGCAAUGUCCCUCAAUGGGCGAGAUCACCCGCCAGGGCUUCACAGAAGGCUGGUGCAAAGCAUUCUGCGAUACCCUCCCAAAAAUGACAGCGCACGCCAACACACUCCGCACAAAAAUCCAACAAGACCCAGAACUCUUCAGGAGGGUGUACAGAUACACAUUCCCACUCUCGCGAAUGCAAGGACAGCGCAACCUCCAAUUCGAAAUCGCAGCCGAGCAAUGGCGGCUAUUCUUCACACCCGAGCAUGGCGGCGUGCAAUGGAAUACGGAGUCAACGCCGUGGCUGGAUUGGUGGAUUGAGUUCCUUGAGGGACGGGGCAAGAAGCCUGUUAAUAAGGAUCUGUGGGAGCAGGUUGAGGUUUUUAUGCGGAAGAGUCGUGAGGAUGAGGAGUUUGGGUGGUGGAGUCCUGAUGGGGCUUGGCCGGGAGCGCUGGAUGAUUUUGUGGACUAUGUUAAGGAGAAAAGGAAGGGGAGUGAGAUGGAUGUUGAGUGA